AUGGCAUCGUACACCUUCUGGCGAUUCGCAAGGUUUCUCCGCGCCAUAUUCGCCCCUCUCUCCACAAUCAUCGGCUUUGCAUGUCUCCUCACAUUCAUCUUUAUCCUCUAUCAGCCCACUGUCGGCCCAGGGGAGAUUCAACAGCUCGGCUGGCAAUCUUGGGACGUCGUAUCAAGCUACAAAGAAGUACCUUCGCAGGGCGGCUCAACCCCCACUACUAGCACCGGUUCUGCAACCGAGGACGUGGAAUGGUGGAAUGUCACCACACUCGAAGACCAAACCUUCGACUCCGCCAGCUUCCCACUCGAUGUAUGGGCACCUCUGCUGCCUCAUGAUACUGGACUCUCUGAAAUUGCCAUCACCCGGUGUAUGAUGCCUCCCAGUCUUGUUGGAGAUUUGUGUGCGCCGACUUCUACCUCGGAAAUGGAUGCCAUCAAAGGGAAGUGGGUGCGCGUAGAUCGAGAUCUAAACAUGCAAUCUGGGCUCUGGCGCUUGAACAUCUACUAUCGCCGGACACGUCGUCUUGACGUCCCUGUCAUUACUGAAAUGAAGUUGAUCCCUCCAGACGAAGAGGCAACUCCCUCUGAGGAAUGGCACAAGGUCUCACAUUCCGUACGCGACGGCAUCAUGCACACCGACCCCAUUUAUUUGUGGUACCGCACAGGGAAGACUCUUCGUGCGAUGGACGAGGGGGAGAGGCAGAAUAUAAUAACUGAGAUUGACGUUCUCUUUGGCGAGGAUCGUCCCUGGUACGGCUUUGAGAAACUUGAACCAGCUCCGACGCCGGAGCAGCCUGGCCGUCUUGACAGUGUGUACGUCACGUACCGAAGAGGUGUUAAGAGUGUACCACGCGCUCCACCUCUGCACUUUUCGCAUGAUGGCAAGUUCAGGAUACUUCAGGUUGCCGACCUCCACUACUCGGUUUCCCGUGGUGAAUGCCGCGAUACCAAUCUUGAUCCUUGUGUAAACUCGGAUAACCUCACCAACACGCUGCUUGGGCGUAUUCUUGACGAAGAGAACCCUGACAUGGUGGUAUUCUCGGGCGAUCAGCUAAACGGCCAAGGCACAUCGUGGGACCCGAAGAGUGUACUCGCCAAGUUCGCUGUUGCCGUGACGGACCGUAACAUACCAUGGGCAGCUGUAUUUGGAAAUCACGACCAAGAAGACGGCGACCUCAAAGAGGAGCAGGUGAAGAUGAUGCAGCAACUUCCAUACAAUCUUGUCCAAAGAGGUCCAAAGGACAUUCAUGGAGUCGGCAACUACGUACUCAAAGUGAAGAGUGCAGAUGCUUCAAAGACACACCUGUUGACUCUCUACUUUGUAGAUUCGGGCGAUUACUCUAAAGGUUACCUCGACUGGUUUGGGUUCUUCACGCCUACUGAGUAUGACUGGAUUCACGAGGUAACAUCCGCGAUUGAACCCAUCGAACGCCCCUUUACCCCAGAUAGUGGGCGUGAUCUUGGCAACAUCUGGCAGCGUCAAGACCAAGUGGUACCUAACACUCGCAGACUCGCUAAACCCAAUGCGCUGAUGUUCUUCCACAUUCCUCUGCAAGAGACCUACAACACUCCUGACCACGACCAACGCACUGGUCAGCCCCUUGAUAUUGGUCUUCACGGGAUUGAGGGUCCGGGUGCGGCAAAGAAGAACGAUGGAUUCUUUGAGAAAGGACUGCUCGCUGCAACAGAGAGUGAACAUAGCUAUGGGGGAAGCAUACCUGAAGUCAAAGUGGUUGCUAAUGGGCAUUGUCAUAUUACCGAGGACUGCAGACGAGUGCAGAACAUGUGGAUGUGCUUCGGCGGUGGAGGAUCCUACUCUGGAUACGGCAAAGUCGGGUUUGACCGACGAUUCCGGAUCUAUGAUAUCUCCGAUUAUGGAGAGACCAUUCGCACAUACAAGCGAACCGAACACGACAACGUUCUCAAUGAGCUUGUUAUUGCAGGAACAGGUGCUGCGCCGUAUAAUCAGUAG